GCGUCCCAGGACCACCGUUCUAGGGGUGGUGGACGUGGGCGGCUCCGGCAUGAGUUCGGGGGCCGCUCCGCGACUGCGGGCGCUCCAGCGACACCUGGGCUCCUCGGAGGGCAGAGGCAUGGAGCUGGUCAGCAGCCCGCUGACCACGCAUGUGCUGGACACGGCCUCAGGGCUCCCAGCCCAGGGCCUCUGCCUCCGUCUGUCCAGGCUCGAGGACCAUGGCCAGCAGUGGACGGAGCUGAGAAAAAGCUACACCGACUCGGAUGGCCGCUGCCCGGGGCUCCUGCCACCAGGCCCGAUGAAGGCAGGCACCUACAAGCUGUCCUUUGACACUGAGGGCUACUGGAAGAAGAGGGGGCAGGAGAGCUUCUACCCGUAUGUGGAGGUCGUUUUCACCAUCACCAACGAGACCCACAGGUUCCAUGUGCCCCUGCUGCUGAGCCCGUGGUCCUACACCACAUAUCGAGGAAGCUAGUGGCUGAGCCAUCGCCUCCUCUGGACAACUGCUGGCCUGUGAGCAUCAAUCCCAUCCCCACAGCUCACUGGGACACCUCAACAGAGGGCACCAGUUCACACUCCCUGCGGGAGAUUCUGGCCCCCCAAUUUCCAGUAGCCGCUGAGUCUCAGGCGUCAAUAAAGUCAGUGCUGGCAUCUGCAA